UCUACAUUCUCUCCACAUAUACGAACAAUCAUGGCAACAAAGCGCCCUCACAGCGAAGUCCACCCCUCUCGUCGAGAGCAAGUUCCCGGCCAGGAGAAGAAACGCAAGGUCAACCCGAAUCCGCACCGCAAACUUGAGCCCAAGGCCAACCCCGUCAACCCGAUCAAGUCGCGCAUUCGCAGUCUGAACCGUCUACUACAACACAAAGAGAAUCUACCCGCCGAUGUCCGUCUCAACCAUGAAAGAGAACUGAAGUCAUGCGAGUGGGAGCUUGCUCAGGCCGAGAGCCAGCAGCGCAAGAAAGAUUUGAUUGGCAAAUACCACAUGGUGCGCUUCUUUGAGCGACGGAAAGCAGAGCGUCGCCUGAAGAAGUUGGAAAGAAGGGCCAAGGAAGGCGAGACCGAUCUUGAGGAGCAAAUACACGAGGCGAAGGUCGACUUGAACUACGCCAUGUACCACCCCUUGGACAUGGUCUACUCAGCACUAUGGCCGACGAAGGGAAAGAAGGACGCCGACGGCAACGAGAUUGAGGUUGAAAAGCAAGGAGACCCAGACAUGUGGUUGGUGGUCGAAAAGUGCAUGGAAGAGGGCAAACUCGACGCUCUGAGGAAUGGCAAACUACUCAAGUCAGCACCCGCACAACUCAACAACGACGAUACCAUCGGUCAGAAGGCAUCGAAUGCCAGAGCAAAGAAGGACAAGAAAGACAAGAAGGAGAAGGACAAGAAGGCACAAAAGCCCGCAAAGAAGGCCGACGAGGACCAGAUCAUGCGGGAACAAGACGAGGACGAAGACAGCGAAGGAGGCUUCUUCGAGUAAAAGUUGCAUUUUCUACACCGGGCAAUUUUCUCAUUUCUGUUACGUUCAGCCACUACUGUAUAUACCCAUCAAUGCACCCAUCAGCUUUAGUUGUCACAAGGUCGUCAUGGCCAGGCAACACGGACAUUCA